AUGCGAACUAAAACUGUUGAUUCGUAUAAUCACAAAUCCUUAUUGACUUUAUUAAGAAAAUAUUUGAAUGUAGCGCUACUAUUUAUUGCACCACUGUUAUGGUUAACAUUAGUUAUAUUCUCUUUACGUGGCGCAACAAUCGAUGAUGGAGGAAUUUUAAUACCUGGUCAACCAGGUAUUUUGCUAGGUAUAAACACCACUAUUAGAUACAUUAUUGCAUCUGUAAUCUCUUUAACAGUAGUUGAUGUGGUAGAGGCUAGUCUAAGGCAUUAUAAAAGUGAUAGCAUUCAGUUAAAUGGACUCGAGUUAUCAAACCUUAUCAAAUUAGGAAUUGAAAGAAGUUUUUUAGGAAUUAUAGCUUCGUUUCGAUAUAGACCAAAGGGACUUAGUAUGAUAUGGAUAUGGUUAGCUAUUGUUGUAAUUGUACCAUAUUUACUAGCAAUUGCGGACAUUGCAUUACAUUAUUGGGUCACAGCAGAAGUUGUAUUACAGGAAGGUCAACAUAAAAUUUUAAAUAAUGCGAUUCAAAUAGAUCCAAAAUGUGCAAAUACUGAAAAUAAUUCAUUUAGUGAAUUAAAUACUUGUGCUCAUUGGGAAGAUGUUACUGGAAGUGGAUUAAGAUAUCCAAAUUAUGUAAGUAAAUUUAAGAAAAAUUUAACCACAAACAUUAUGGGCUACUAUAUGAAUGAGGGAUUAGUCAUCAUGCCACGAUUAAAUGAUACGAUAUGGAAUGGGAAUAUUAAAUCAUAUACAAUUCAAGCUAAUUGUACCCCUGUUUCGACAUUAUGUAAUUUAACAUCUGAUUUCGGUGCACAAGCAAGUAUUAAGUGUCCUAGCAGCCUGUACAAUGUGAAUGGUAACGUAUUAAAUACAUCAAAUAUUAUCAUUCCACUUGGAAAAGGUGCUAGUCUUUAUAAUGUUUCAAUUCCCACUAGUUCAGGCCAAUUAGGAAAAUUGGAAUGGUUAAUAAGCGGGCAAUACGUCGGUAAUCCUUCAACAAAAUAUGAUAAAGAGUUUGUAACUACAUUACAUGGUCCAAAAGUUAUAAUUACAUACUGUAUCACGAAUAUAGUGGCAAGUACAAUAGAUUUCUCUAAAAGUUAUUGGAGUGUAAGAUUAGAUGAACCUUUAGAUGCUAAUACAACUCGUGCUGUAAGCUAUGGAAUUUUUGAAAUGAACAAAGAAUUAUUGAUUGCACUUAAAGCUGCUUCUUUUAAUGGGAGUAGCAUGUUCUUUGCACAAGAGGCUGAGCGCCAAUUAAAACUGGGAAUUGGUGGCAUGUUAGCAAGUGUUGCAGUAGGUAACAUUGAGCAAGGCCUUGGAGAAGUAUCUGUUGCUGAUAAUAUCACAUUAACACGAAUCGGAAUAAUGGCAUUAAUUCUGUACGGAAUAGCAUUAGUUAUCAUUCCUGUUAUAAUAGCCGGAUGGAUAUUAUUGAAUAGUGGUAAAUACAAAGAAGAAAUUGAUUCGAAUGGCCAUCCAGUUGUUGUACAAACUGUGCUUGCUGAAAUGAUAACUGGCACAGAUAGAAUAGUCUAUGACGCUAUAAGAGCCCCUUCCUGUAGAGCGUGUUUUAAUAGCAUUGAAUUUCAGCACCAAUUGCUCAGUCAAAAUCAAGCUGGUAUAGGACAUAGAGAUGGUCAUUUUGGUCUUUUUAAUGGUAUUGUUUCAUCAGCCGAGGGCGUUGUAAAUGCCGGAACUCUUACUUCUAAUGAAUGA